AUUUAAAUGCACAUUUGCAUAAUAUGUACUUCAGAAAUUGAUUUUCAAACAAAAUGUGACUGUCACUUUUGUUUAUUAUGCUUGCUAAAUUGGUUUGAGGAGAAAAAUAGAGAUAAGCCAAUAUAAAUUCUUAAUUGCCCAAAUUAAGAUUGUAAAUUCACCUAUACUAGAGACGAAAUAUUAAGUUAUUGUUCUCGAUAACCUUAUGAAGGUAAGAUUCAAGAAAUCUUGCUCAAAGAAUAUCUAAAAAAUUAAGAUAUACGUCCAUGUCCAAGUGGAAAAUGCAAAUAUUUUGGAUACAUAGAACUCGAAAAUAAAUGCGAUAACGAACUUGAGUGUUUAGAAUGCAAAACAACAUGGAGAGACUUUGCCUUGUCUACAUACACGUUUUAAACAGAAUAUUUGAUAAAAAAUAUUUUUGGAAUCAUUAGAGAAUUUUGCUAUUGUUUUAUUACUGCAAAUGAAUGUCCUAAUUGUGGGGUUUUAAUCCAAAGAAAUGGAGGUUGUAAACACAUGACGUGUAAAGCUUGUACUCAUCCAUUUUGCUGGCAUUGUAAAUAAUAAUGGGGAAGGCAUAAAGAAUCCUAAUGUUUUGGUUCAGGAGCAAUAUCAGUUGUGUUACUACUAACUAUGGGCAUCAAUAUUUUAUAUCAGCUUGGGGUAUUCUACUAUUUCCUCUAUGUAUUUUAUCCUUUGUUUUAUCUAUUGGAGUUGUUAGUUAUGAAUGUUUUAGUAGUUGGAACUGGCUUUGGAAUGUUCCUCUUAAUUAAAACAAUGCGUGAACUGUAUUAUAGAAGACGCAUUUGUGAUAAUCUAAUUGCAUUUGGAGGAUCGAUUUUAAUGUUGACCUUUGAAUAUUUUGUCCUAUGGUUUUCUAUGGCAUAUUUAGAUAUAACAUUUUUCAAAGCAGUAGUAUGGUUUGUUGUAGAGAUUUCAAUUAUCAUUCUAAUGAUUUGUUACUUCAACAGAGUGGGCUUUGCAUGGAUAUUCCUUCCGGCCCUAUGUAUAGUUUUAUUUUACUUUUUGGGAUUCAAUGGUUUGAUCAUGAUUAUUUGGUAAAUCCCGCUAAUGAUAAGUCACAACCAUUAUCUAUCAUAGGCGAGAUUUAAUUUUUUAGCCCUUGGUAUUCUGCUAAUACUCAACAUUUUUAGUUUAUCAGAAUUAUUUAGCUCAUAACUAGUAUAUUUAAUAUUGGGAUCUAUAGUAUUCUAAUAUCGCAGAAAUUCCCAUUUAAUCAAUUUAAUGUUUGUAGGCAUCGGAGCGUUAUCUUACCUUUAUGGAUUAAUAUUUGGUUGA